GAUGUCCGAACCAUAAGUAUAUAAUAAAUUAAUUAGGUUAUAUUUAAUGUAUGCAAAAAUGAAUAAGGUAAUCCUAGUCAGAAUUACAAGAAGAUUCUUAAAAAGUAUAAAGGUUAAUAUAAGGUAAGUUAUGGAUUUUUGAAUUAUUUAGUUUGGCUUAAAUAAAGAUGACUUAGUUAUAGAGAAAAUCAGAAAUGCAAAUUUACUCAUUUUUGGUGGCUCCAGAGCUCCCUUUACUGAGAAAGGUAUUUUUUAUUUUGAUUCAUAGAAAUCAAAUGUCUUGAAGAAUAUUUCAUUAAUGGAGGCAAUCUAUUAAUCUUAUUCUCUGAUGGAGGUGAGAGUAAGUCUACUAGCAACUUAAAUGCAUUCAUUGAGAAAUUUGGAAUUUAUGUUAACAACGAUUGUGUUGUAAGGACAUGCUAUUUUAAAUAUUUUCAUCCAAAAGAAGCAUUUAUAUAAUAAGGAGUUAUUAAUCAAGAAGUUUGAAAAUCUUUAUUCUAUUUAAGAUAGUUCGUGUGAUUAAUGGUGAAUAAAGAGAGACUAGAAAAAAUAAGGCAUCCACACCAUACCUCUAAGGAGUAAUAGAAAUGGAAGAUACUGAAAUUAAUAAUCAAAGUGGUCUUGACUUUGUUUAUCCUAAUGGAGCCACUUUAAUUGUUAAAGACAAAGCUUUUCCUAUCCUUUCUACUGGACCCAUGUCUUAUCCAUGUGAAAAACCAAUUAUGGCAAUUAAUCAAGAAAAGGGUAAACUUGUAGUCAUAGGUUCAACUGAUAUAUUUAAUGAUGAAUAUUUUGAAAAAGAUGAUAAUUAAAAGAUUUUUGAUUUUCUUUUAAAGUUCUUCUUUACAAAAGAAGUUGAAUUUGAUAAGAAAACUCCAUUUGUAGAAAAUGAUUGCAAAAAUGCUCCUGAUAUUGCAGAGUUAUCUGAUAAACUAAAGAGUUGUUUAUAAGAAAGUGAAGAAUUACCAAAAGAUGUAACAACCUUAUUUGAUUCAACAUUAUUCAAAUUUGAUCUUGAUCUCAUUCCAGAUGCAGUUAAACUUUAUGAAACUCUUUGUAAUUUUCAUUUAUAUUUUAGAGGUUAAACAUGAACCAUUGACUCUUAUUGUUCCACAAUUUGAAACUCCUUUAUUAGGAUUAUAACCAGCUGUCUUUCCUCCUAUUCCUAGAGAAUUACCACCUCCUCCUCUUGAAUUAUUUGAUUUAGAUGAAGAAUUUGCAUCUGAAAAGUAAUUAUAUCUAUAAUAUAAUUAAUAGAACUCGUUUGGCUUAGUUGACAAAUAAAUGCACUAAUGAAGAUUUAGAAUAUUAUGUUAAAGAGGCUGGAGACAUUAUAGGAAUAACAGAUAAAUUAAAGAAUAGACAAAAGGCAUAAUCAGUAAUUCAUUAUGUUCUAGAAAAUUUAAUCAAUUUUAAAAAAUUAAAUUAAGGUUGA